GCUGUAAGAGCGAUGGUCCCACUUAAAGCGCCACUACUAUUAUAAAUGCCAUAGCCGUUGUAUUUGUCAUUAUCAUUAUCAGACAAAGUUAGAAAGUUAGUCAUCCUCGGUCUUCUGUACCUGCAAAAUGAAGUGGAGCACCAUUCAGCACACCGUUCGCAAACAGCCACGAGCAGUAGGGCAAGAGUGGAACAAGAAUAGAGCCACCUGCCACCGCGUCGCGCACACUGGGUACGCAAUGGACUAUCCAGGGGCAUUCGAUCGCUAUCCAUUGCACCGGGCUCCUUCUCUCGACCCGGCCCACAGGAAUUGUGCAGAGGCAUCUAUCCAUCUGAGAAACGCACGUGACGAGACAAGAGUGUAAUCGUGCACCCUUCUUCCGGUGACAAAAACAAGGCAAGCGCACAUCGAAUCAACCGCAUUCAACAAACUGCAUCCAACCAUGAACCGCCUUGCUGCCGUCUCUCGCCCUCUCGCCGCCGCUGCCCGCGUCCAGUUCGCUCGCUCGGCUAUCGCUGCUCGAUCUUCUGUCCAGAUCCGCAACUACUCUUCAGAGCACGGCGAAGAGUCCUUUGAGCACUUUACCGAGCGCUUCGUCAAGUUCUUUGAUAACGUUGACGAUGUCUUUGAGCUUCAGCGUGGAUUGAACAACGCUUUCGGCUACGAUCUCGUUCCUUCUCCUUCGGUCAUUGCCGCUGCUCUCAAGGCGUCCAGACGCGUUGAUGACUAUGCCACCGCCGUUCGUGUUUUUGAGGGAUUGAAGGUCAAGGCUGGAUCGGACGCUCUCUACAAGCAGUACUUGGAUGAACUUGCCCCCCUCAAGGCCGAGUUGGGUGUCGAGACCAAGGAGGAGCUCGGAUUGUAAAGAAAGCGGUCGU